AUGGCGUCUUUCCUUGAUCACUCCUACAGUUUGGUGCACCUCGAUAACACCGCUGACCAGCCCAGUCAGCAAGAUCUCAAGACCCAGCUUGAGAAGGGCAGCGAUGAGACUAAGCUGGACACCAUGCGGAGGAUCUUGAUCAUGAUGCUGAAUGGCGAUCCGAUGCCCAACCUCCUGAUGCACAUCAUUCGCUUUGUCAUGCCAUCUAAGAGCAAGCCGUUGAAGAAAUUACUAUAUUUCUACUACGAGAUAUGUCCCAAGCUGGAUGCCAAUGGCAAGCUGAAGCAGGAGAUGAUUCUGGUGUGUAAUGGUAUUCGGAAUGACUUACAGCAUCCCAACGAGUUCGUCCGAGGAAACACACUACGCUUCCUCUCCAAACUGCGAGAGCCCGAACUCAUCGAGCCACUCCUUUCCGCCGCCCAGACAUGCCUCGACCAUAGGCAUGCUUAUGUGAGGAAGAACGCUGUGUGGGCAUUGGCCUCGGUGUAUCAGCAUGCGCAGCACCUCAUCCCUGAUGCCCCUGAGAUGCUUCACACUUUCCUCGCCGGAGAGACGGACACGACCUGCAAGAGAAACGCCUUUGCCGCCUUGAUGAGUAUAAGUCACGAGAAAGCUCUGGAGUAUCUCACUAGUGUUUUGGAUGGGAUUCCCAACGCCGACGAAUUGCUACAAUUGGUGGAGCUCGAGUUCAUCCGGAAGGAUGCGAUACACAAUCAAGCAAACAAGGCCCGAUAUCUGCGCCUGAUUUUCGAUUUGCUCGAGGCCAACACUAGCACUGUUGUCUACGAGGCUGCUACUACACUCACCUCCCUCACCAGCAACCCCGUGGCAGUGAAGGCUGCCGCUGGUAAGCUGAUUGAACUUAGCAUUAAGGAGGCGGACAACAACGUCAAACUUAUUGUGCUUGACCGGGUAGAGCAACUUAGGAAAAGACAUGAAGGUGUGCUCGAUGACCUGGCCAUGGAAAUACUGCGCGUCCUGUCGAGUCCCGAUCUGGAUGUUCGACGGAAAGCUUUGAGCAUUGCCCUAGAGAUGGUCUCGAGCAAGAAUGUACAAGAGAUUGUCAUGUUGCUGAAGAAGGAGUUGGGGAAGACUGUUGUCGAACAGUAUGAAAAGAACACGGAGUACCGACAGUUGCUGAUUCAGUCCAUUCACCAUUGUGCCAUCAAAUUCUCGGAGAUUGCAGCCAGCGUGGUUGACGUGUUGAUGGACUUCAUUGCUGAUUUCAACAACAGCUCCGCUGUGGAAGUUAUUUCUUUUGUCAAGGAAGUGGUUGAGAAGUUCCCGAAGCUUCGAUCGUCGAUCGUGGAGAAAUUAGUGUCGACAUUGGGUGAAGUUCGAGCAGGCAAGGUGUACCGUGGCUCGCUGUGGGUGAUUGGCGAGUAUUCUCUCCAAGAGAAUGAUAUCAAAGAAGCCUGGAAACGAAUCCGGGCCAGUCUGGGGGAGAUCCCGAUCCUUGCGUCGGAGCAACGAUUACUAGAUGAGCAAUCUAGCGAGGAUGCAGAACCGAAGGAGCAAGUCAAUGGCCACGCCGCCAAGUCAACACCCAGCAGCUCUACCAAAGUCCUAGCAGAUGGCACAUAUGCGACCGAGACCGCCAUGACCAGCGAUUCGGCGGCACAGGCGCGGUUGGAAGCAGUUAAGGCUGCGCAGAAACCACCUCUACGGCAGCUCAUUCUGGACGGCGACUACUAUUUGGGCACGGUACUCUCAUCCACUCUUACCAAACUCGUGAUGCGACACUCGGAGAUCUCCUCGGAUCAGGAACGCACCAAUGCUUUGCGUGCCGAAGCCAUGCUUAUCAUGAUCUCAAUCAUCCGCGUUGGACAGUCUGAAUUCGUCAAGGCGCCAAUUGACGAGGAUUCUAUUGACCGUAUCAUGUCGUGCGUAAGAGCGCUGGCAGAGUUUACAGAACGGAAAGAGCUGGAAAGGUCGUUUCUGGAUGACACACGAGAGGCCUUCCGAGCAAUGGUGCAGGCGGAGGAAAAGAAACGCGCUGCCAAAGAAGCGGUGGAGAAGGCCAAGACGGCGGUCCAGGUGGACGAUGUCUUUUCUAUCCGGCAACUGGCCAAGAAAAACGCAGCGGAUGGAAUGGACGAAAUGGAGCUCGACCUUGAGAAAGCCACGGGCGGCGAUGCCUCGUUUGAGGAUCUGUCGUCCAAGCUGAGUCGUGUCGUGCAACUCACCGGCUUCUCGGAUCCGGUUUACGCUGAGGCGUAUGUCAAAGUACACCAGUUUGAUAUCAUUCUGGAUGUGCUCCUGGUCAACCAAACCAAUGAGACCCUCCAGAACCUGUCGGUCGAGUUUGCCACACUGGGCGACCUCAAGGUUGUAGAAAGACCAACGACUCACAACCUUGGGCCACAGGACUUCCUCAACGUGCAGUCUACCAUCAAGGUGUCAAGCACCGACACCGGCGUGAUUUUCGGCAAUGUUGUCUACGACUCACCCUCUGGUACUGACACGCACGUGGUCAUUUUAAACGAUGUCCAUGCCGACAUCAUGGAUUACAUUCAGCCGGCGACAUGUUCGGAGUCGGCGUUUAGAACCAUGUGGACCGAGUUUGAAUGGGAGAACAAAGUCAACAUCAACAGCAAGAGUACGGAUAAGACUCUGCGCGAAUUUUUGGAGCAGUUGAUGAAGAGCACCAACAUGACAUGCCUCACUCCCGAAGCUGCGUUGCAAGGUGAUUGUCAAUUCCUGAGUGCCAAUCUUUACGCACGCAGUGUUUUUGGCGAGGAUGCGUUGGCGAACCUGAGCAUAGAAAAGACAACGGACAACUCGAUUGUAGGAUUCAUUCGGAUUCGCUCACGCUCGCAAGGGCUGGCGUUGAGCUUGGGGUCAUUGAAGGGACUAAAAGCGGGCACAUAUUAG